CUUACCCAUUCGUCAUUCGUUUCUCGACCGCCAGGAUGCGUAAUUCUAUCAUUGCUUCGCUGCUUUCGGCAGUCAGUGUCGUCUACGGCUAUGCCAACCCCAUGGCCUGCAGUGGUGUCUGCAACAACGCCCAUGACCCGGCCCUGAUCCGCCACUCUGAUGGCACGUACUACCGUUUUUCAACUGGCGGAAAGAUCGCUGUUCACACUGCCCCUGCUGUCACUGGUCCAUGGACUUACAAGGGUGCCGCUAUCCCUGCCGGUUCUAAAAUCAAUCUGAGUGGCAAGGAUGACCUCUGGGCUCCUGAUGUCACCCUGGUCGGCGACACAUACUACCUCUACUACACUGUAUCGGCCUUCGGUGUUCAGAACUCCGCCAUUGGUGUCGCAACCUCCAAGACCCUUGCCGUAGGUUCCUGGACCGACCACGGCAGCACCGGCAUCACCUCGAAGGCUGGUAAGAACUACAACGCCAUCGAUGGCGCUCUCUACUGGGACGGCUCCAAGUUCGUCAUGUCGUUUGGUUCUUUCUGGAACGACCUGUUCUCCGUGAACAUGAACAACCCCCCUCUCAAGUCUGCCGGUGGCGCAUCCACCAACAUUGCGUUCAAGUCUGAGGGUGAGCACGCUCAGGAGGCCGCCUACAUCGCCAAGAGCGGCAACUACCACUACCUCUUCUUCUCUGCCGGCAAGUGCUGUGGCUUUGACACUAGCCGCCCCGCCAAGGGCGCCGAAUACAAGAUCCAGGUCUGCAGGUCCACCAGUGCUACCGGCGGCUUCGUCGACAAGUCUGGCAAGAAGUGCACUGAGGGUGGCGGUACCACUGUCCUUGAGUCCCACGGCUGGGUCUAUGGUCCUGGCGGCCAGGGUGUCUACUGGGACCCCAAGGAGGGCCCUCUCCUCUACUACCACUAUGUCGACACCCGCAUCGGCUACGCUGAUGGUCAGAAGAAGUUCGGUGUCAACAAGAUCGACUUCUCCAGCGGCUGGCCUGUCGUAUAAGCGAUCUAACAUAUGGUCGAAAAGCAGUCUCUGCAGCAGAUUGCGAGCACAUACCUUCUAUUCUGUACAUACUUUAGCAAACAUACCUACUGUAUAUAUUUUAAACAAACAGCGACCACCGCAC